AUGGCGAAGGGUAAAUGGGUAGUGAUGUACAUUUGCAAUGCUGGUGUUGAUGUACCAAGGCUUUUAGCAGUAUGUAAUGAGUUUUUGAGGCUUGUUUCGAAAUUCAAUCGAACAAGUUCUCAACUUUAUUGGGAACUUCCAGAGACAGCUGUGAGGAAGUAUGGAAAUUGUAUGGCUGAUCAUAUAUUCCUUGAAGUGCCUAACUGUGGAAAGCCAUGGGAAGUCGAACUCAGAACAUCAGCUCUUGGUGGACGAAUGUGGUUACUAAAGGGAUGGGAAGAGUUUUCUAACUUUUACUCACUAGACCAAGGCUGCUUUCCAGUGUUCAGCUAUGAAGGAAAACAGUCCCAUUUCCAAGUACGCAUUUUUCAUUGGAAACGCAUGGAAAUGGAUUACCCUAUUCGUAGACGAGGUACAUUCUCACGUGCAAUGGCUUCUUCCGGCAAGAGAGAUGGAAAAGGACCUGCCUUUCCGGAGGACUAUCCAAGCUUCUUCUUAAACAUUGUUACUGAUGACGAUCUCCUAAACGGGAAGGAACUUCCAGAGCCAGCUGUGAGAAAGUACAGAAAUUGCAUGGCAGAUCAUAUAUUCCUCGAGGUUCCAAACUGCGAAAAACCAUGGAAAUUGGAAUUGAGAAGAUCAGCUCGUGGUGGCCGAAUGUGGUUAAACAAGGGAUGGCAAGAGUUUGCCAACUUUUACUCACUAGAUGAAGGCUGCUUAGCAGUGUUCAGCUAUGAAGGCGAACAUUCUCAUUUCCAAGUACGUGUUUUUCAGUGGAAUGAUAUGGAAUUAGAUUACCCUAUUCAUGGAGGAGGAGUUGAUGACAGACCAAAAAGGAAAAAAACAGGAGCUAAUCAAGACAUGCCUCCUGCCCAUUUAGAAACUAGAGCCGCUUCAAUUUCCUCCGGAUCCUCAGCUGAUGAACACCAAAACGAUCUUACUGCAGCUGCCAGUUUCAAAUCUAACAAGCCAUUUUUUAUGCUUAACAUCUGUGCUUCAUACAUACAACUCGGUUUCGCGCACAUAAAUCGAUCUUUUGCCAAGGAACAUCUCUGUAGACCAGGCACUUCUUGCGAUGUGACCCUGCAGAUUUCAGGUGAGAGAGUUUGGACUGCUGUGUGCACUGCCACCGAACAUAGAGAUCAGAAAAUAUAUACUAGAAUUUCAGGUGCUGGAUGGAAAGCAUUUCAUCAGGACAAUCAUCUGGUAAAAGGUAAUAUCUGUGUGUUCGAGUUGAUAGAGGAGCGUACAUUCAAAGUUUCCAUAUUCCGAACUAAAGUGAAGAUUAAUAGGCAAACUGAGGAAAAGGAUAUGGAAGUAGAUUACCCUAUUCAAGGAGGAGGAAUUGAUGUAACACCAAAAGGGAAAAAGCCAGGAGCUAAUCAAGAUGUGCCUCCUGCCCACUUAGAAGCUGGAGCCAACUCAGUUUCUUCUGGAUCGUCAGCUGAUGAAGACCAAAAUAAUCUUCUCACAACUACUAGUUUCAAAUCUGACAAGCCAAUUUUUAUGCUCAAUAUGACAGCUACAGACAUGCGCCUCUCUCUUGCGUAUAUAAGUGCAUCAUUUGCCGCUGAACAUCUAUGCAAACCAGGCAUUUCUUGCAAUGUGACCCUACAGAAUUCAGAGGAGAGAGUUUGGACUGCUCAGUGUUUUGUCAGUGAACACAGCGAUCACCGAGUGCAAGCAUGUCUUUCAGGGCCUGGUUGGAAAGCAUUUAAGCAGGACAAUCAUCUGGUAUUAGGUGAUGUCUGUGUUUUUGAGUUGAUAGAUGAACGUAAACUAAAAGUUUCCAUAUUCCAAGGUAAAGUGAAGAUUAUUAGGCAAAAUGAGGAAAAUGAAGCCAGGCACAUUUCUCAGUUUAACUAA